AUGGUGAAAUCAUACUUUAAGUUCGAGCAUUCGAAUACGUUCGGGCUCGUCGCCUCGGCGUCCUCGAAUGCGAUCUGGGCUAAGGACGAUCAGACCGGUGUCGCACGCCAGACAGGCGCCGGACGGGCCAUUGUCGGUGCCAGUGAGGAGGUUCUGUGCUGGGAUGUGAAGAAGGGAGAACUUCUUGGAAGGUGGCGCGAUUCUGGCUGCAGGGCGCAGGUCAGUGUGGUCUCGCAGAGCCAAACGGAUGAAGAUAUCUUCGCAGUUGGAUACGAAGAUGGCAGCAUCCGUCUCUGGGAUUCGCGAACCGGCACCGUCAUUAUCUCUUUCAACGGCCACAAGUCCGCCGUCACCAAGCUUGCCUUCGACAACGCCGGUGUGCGCCUCGCAAGUGGCUCCAAGGAUACCGAUAUCAUUGUUUGGGAUCUCAUCACCGAAGUCGGCCUCUUCAAGCUUCGUGGACAUACCGAUCAGAUCACAUCACUGCAUUUCCUUUUCCCGUCGCAAGAAUUGCUCACCGCGAACGGGCUGAACGAACACACUGGAUUUUUGUUGACCACCGGAAAGGACGCCUUGAUCAAAGUCUGGGAUCUUGCUUCGCAACACUGUAUUGAGACGCAUGUAGCUCAAUCAAACGGUGAGUGUUGGAGCUUGGGUCUUUCGCCUGAUCAGGGUGGAUGUAUCACAGCUGGCAACGACGGUGAACUCCGGGUCUGGUCGAUUGACGAGGCGGCCAUGUUGGACAUCUCCAGAGAGAAGGUCAGCAUGGACGGACGCAAGAUUCUCAGCGACCGAGGAACCUUCUAUCGCCACGGCAAGGACCGUACGAUCGGCAUUCGAUUCCACCCUCGCUCGGACUAUGUUGGCUUCCACGGUUCCGACAAGUCGGUCGAGAUCUGGCGCAUUCGUUCUCAGUCAGAGGUACAGAAGAGCAUGUCACGAAAGAACAAGAGGAGAAAGGAGAAGGCCGCCCAAAAGGCGGAUGAAAGCGGCGAGAAAAUGGAAGACGACAAGACCGAAGAUGCUGCCGCCGCGCCUGUAUCGGAAGUGUUUGUUCAGCACGUUAUCGUUCGAACUGGCGGAAAGGUCCGCUCUUUCGAUUGGAUGACAAACAAGUCUAGCGGAUUGAAUCUUCUGGCCGCAACCACAAAUAACCAGCUUGAGGCAUACACCGUUGUGCCGGCGAACAAGAAGAAUGCCGACAGCGAGGAGUCCGACUAUAGCCGCAGCCUCGCAGUGGAGAUCCCUGGUCACCGCACGGAUAUUCGUUCCAUUGCGCUGAGCUCUGACGAUCGAAUGCUGGCCUCUGCCUCCAACGGCACGCUCAAGAUCUGGAACGUUCUUACCGAAAGCUGCCUUCGAACCCUCGACUGUGGCUACUCUCUGUGCUCCGCCUUCCUUCCUGGUGACAAGAUCGUGGUUGUCGGUAAUAAGAACGGAGAACUUGAGGUCUUCGAUAUUGCCUCUUCCACAUUGCUGGAUACUAUUAAGGCCCACGACGGGCCUGUUUGGUCACUGCAAGUGCACCCAGAUGGCAAGUCCAUGGUCAGUGGAAGUGCGGACAAGACAGCCAAGUUCUGGAACUUCCAGGUCGUCCAGGAAGAGAUUCCUGGAACCAAGCGCACCACUCCUCGCCUCAAGUUGGCACACACAAGAACUCUUAAGGUCAAUGACGACAUUCUCAACCUUCGUUUCUCCCCAGAUGCUCGUCUUCUGGCUGUGUCUCUUCUUGACAACACAGUGAAGGUCUUCUUCGUUGAUUCUCUGAAGCUCUUCCUUAACCUUUACGGACACAAGCUCCCAGUUCUGAGCAUGGAUAUUUCACACGACAGCAAGCUCAUCGUGACAUGCUCUGCAGACAAGACUGUCCGCCUUUGGGGAUUGGACUUUGGUGAUUGCCACAAAGCUUUCUUGGCCCACGAGGACAGCAUUAUGGCGGUAGCUUUCGUUCCCCACAACAAGGAUGGAAACGGUCACAACUUCUUCAGUGCUAGCAAGGACCGAAUCAUCAAAUACUGGGACGGAGACAAGUUCGAGCAAAUCCAGCGUCUUGUUGGUCACCACGGUGAGAUCUGGGCACUCGCUAUGAGUCGCUCCGGUGAUUUCAUCGUCAGUGCCAGUCACGAUAAGAGCAUUCGUAUCUGGCAGCAGACGGAUGAGCCUCUCUUCCUCGAGGAAGAGCGUGAGAAGGAAGAGGAAGAGGCAUACGACAGCACGCUCACUGCCUCUCUCGAGCAAGAUGAGGAUGGCGACGGCGAGAAGGCCGAGGCUGUCGACGCCGGAAAGCAAACGACGGGUACUCUCAUGGCCGGAGAAAAGAUCAUCGAGGCCCUCGAGCUCGGCAUGGAGGAUCUCGAAGUUGUGCGUGACUGGCGCAAGGUCAAGGCUGCAAACCCCAACGCCGCCCAACCCGACCGUAACCCAGUCUACCUCGCCCUCAACAACAUCUCCGCCGAGCAGCACGUUCUGAACACUGUUCAAAAGAUCCCUGCCGCGGCCCUUCAGGACGCACUCCUGGUGCUGCCAUUCUCCCAACUCUCCGCCCUCUUCACCUUCCUCAACAUCUGGGCUGAUCGCGAAUGGAACGUCCCACUCACUUGCCGUGUUCUGUUCUUCCUUCUCAAGACUCACCACCGCCAAAUCGUGGCUAGCAAAAUGAUGCGCCCGAUGCUGGACAGCAUUCGCGCGUCCCUGCGUCGCGUCCUUGCUCGCCAGAAGGACGAGAUGGGUUUCAACCUGUCUGCUUUGCAGUUCAUUGGUACCCAGAUUCAAGAACAAAGCACUGCGGACUACGUUGAUGAGGAUACCUGGGAGGAACAGCAGACGUCCAAGGGUACAGGCAAGAAGCGCCAGUUCGUCAGCGUGGCCUGA